GAUUUCUUCUAGUAAAAUCGAUUACUAAGUCAAACCUAUAAGUGAGAAAAAAAGGUCAAACGAAUUUCAAAGCACGUGAUAAGAAGUUAUUCGGUGACCGUAACUUUCACCUGUCGAGUUUCACUUUUAACCUGAAUUCGUCAGUGGGUCUGUAUCUAACAGUAAGUAAUGUAGCAGUGUCCGUCCUCAAAGCACACAUUUUCUUCGUUGCAAGUUGUCGACUCAAAACUACGAAUGAAAUUUUCAAAAAUACUAUCUGCUGAAUUCUCGUCGUUUCAAGACUAUCAUUGCAGUCAAGUGUCAAGAAAACAUUACAUAAAGGUAACGAUAUUUGGGAAACGAGUUUAAUGCAUAUUCUACGGUCAACCGGCAUCACGUGCAUUUUCGAGUACGAGAAAAAUAUACGUUUCCUGUAUAUUAUCAUGAGGAUAGGACUUUAAGGAUUGCUUCAGGAAAAUUAUAUGUACAGAAAAAUUUAUAUAAACUACAAAGUAUAUUACAACAUCCGUCAAAAUCGAUCAAUUAAAGUCAAAUAUCAUGUGGCCAAAAGACGUUGGUAUCAAAGCGAUAGAAAUAUACUUUCCUGCUCAAUAUGUUGAGCAAACAGAGCUGGAACAAUUUGAUGGUGUAUCUGCUGGAAAAUACACUAUUGGCUUAGGUCAGUGUAGGAUGGGUUUCUGCAAUGACCGUGAAGACAUUAACUCUUUGUGCUUAACAGUUGUGCAUCGAUUAAUGGAUAGGUAUGAAAUAAAACCGCAAGAUAUUGGACGAUUAGAAGUUGGAACUGAAACCAUAUUAGACAAGAGCAAAUCGGUUAAAUCUAUUCUUAUGCAGUUGUUUGAACCAUAUGAUUGUACAGACAUUGAAGGAGCUGAUACAACCAAUGCCUGCUAUGGAGGUACAGCUGCUCUUUUAAAUGCCAUAUCUUGGGUAGAAAGCAGUGCCUGGGAUGGCAGACUGGCCUUAGUCGUUGCGGGUGAUAAUGCUGUAUAUUCUUCUGGAAGUGCUAGACCAACUGGAGGCGCUGGAGCUGUGGCAAUGUUAAUUGGUCCAAAUGCACCUUUAAUAAUUGAUCGUGGUGUAAGAUCAUCAUGCAUGAAACAUGCGUAUGAUUUUUACAAGCCAAAUUUAAAGUCUGAAUAUCCUAUUGUAGAUGGAAAAUUAUCGGUUCAAUGUUAUCUUAAUGCAUUAGAUACUUGUUAUCAGACUUAUUGUAAAAAGAUGAGGAGCAAGCACAAUCACAAUGUUACUCUAGAUAGCUUUAAUGCAUUUUUAUUUCAUUCUCCAUAUUGUAAAUUAGUACAAAAGUCAUUUGCCAGAUUAGCUUUUAUUGAUUUCUUAAACACAUCUAAGGAGGAAGUAUCUAAAAAACAUCCAGAAUUAGCGCAAUUUCAUGACGUUAAAUUAGAAGACACUUAUUUUAAUAGAGAUAUUGAGAAAUCAUUUAUGAACUUGAGUAAGCCAAAUUUUCAGCAGAAAACACAGCCUUCUUUAAUGAUAGCAAAUCAAGUAGGAAAUAUGUAUACUCCAUCUGUAUAUACUGGAUUGGCCUCCUUGUUAAUUAGUAAACCUAUAAAAGAAUUAGCAGGCUCUAAGGUGGGAGUAUUUUCAUAUGGUUCAGGACUUUGUUCUACUAUGUAUUCAUUAACGAUAACAAACGAAUGUAACGAAAAAUCAAAUUUAAUGAAAAUUAUCUCUUCGCUCUCUUAUAUUAAAGAAGAACUUGAUGCUCGUCAAAAAGUUUCCCCAGAAGCUUAUACAAAGGAAUUAGAAUGGCGUGAACAGAAUUGUCAUACUGUACCAUUUACUCCUCAUAGUACCACUAAAGAUAUGUUCCCUGGAGCCUAUUACCUUGUACAAGUGGAUGAGAAAUAUAGAAGGACUUACAAUAGAGUGUGAAGUUUUCCUUAAAUAAGCUAUUUGGGGCUUUUGUAUCAAUUAUUGAAUCAAAAUCACGGUGGUGUAUGAUUAUGUAUAUAAUUUAAAAAAUGAAUUAGUCAAUAACUGGCAUAAAAUAUUUUUACCAAACAAAAAUGUUCUCAAUGCAACUUUCAUAUGCUGUGAAAUGUACACUUUUGAUUUUUAAAUUUAUUUAUAAAUAUAAAAACUUCAUU